AGAGGUGGCAGUGUUGACACCGGCGCCAUCUUGGCCGGACCAGAUGCUAGCGGGGUGGAAGACUUCGUGCUAAUUACCAUGUCUGAGAAGCAAGCCGACCCUGAUAUGAAAGGUUGGCUGUACAAGUGGACCAACUACCUCAAGGGAUACCAGAAGAGGUGGUUUGUCCUCACUAAUGGCCUGCUCUCCUACUAUAGGUCGCAGGCUGAGAUGCUGCACACUUGUCGGGGCACCAUCAGCCUGCACGGGGCGGUGAUCCACACAGAGGACUCUUGUAACUUUGUCAUCAGCAACGGUGGAACACAGACCUUCCACCUCAAGGCGUCCUCUGAGGUGGAACGGCAGAAGUGGGUCACCGCACUGGAGCUCGCCAAGGCCAAGGCUAUACGGCAGAUGGAAAGUGGGGAGUUGCCACUAGGCGAGGAAUGGCCAUUAUAUAUACAGGACGAGGAUGAGGAGGAUGUAGGGGACGCGGGGGCGGAUGACGUGGCUAACACCCUGAAGGUCCUCACGGCCAAGCUGGAGGACCUCAGGACAUGCCAUGAUCUCAUUAUCAAGCACGGGGCAGCCCUGCAGAAGUCCCUGAGUGAGCUGGAGGUCCUUGACGGCAGCACGCAGGACCUCACAGCUAAGACCAAGACUGUGAAUGAAAGGGCCACACUCUUCAGGAUAUCCUCCAAUGCCAUGAUCAAUGCGUGCAACGACUACGUGGAUGUGAGCAGCACCGCGGGGCGCAAGUGGCACCGGCUGCUGCAGCAUGAGCGAGACCAGCGGCUGAGGCUGGAGGACAUGGUGGAGCAGCUGGCCCGCCAACACUCCCAUCUGGAGCAGGAGGCCAAGGAGCAGAUGAGUCAGGCCAUGCCGCCGGAUGCACAAGGCCUGCCAGCCAAGACCCAUAAGCCCAUUAGCCAGCCACCUGUGACUGAGGAGAUCCAUUCAGGUGAUAAUGGUGACGCAGGACACAGCCACAGUGAUGACGAGGAGGAGACAGAAUUUGAGGAUGCUGUGGAAGAAUUGGCCGAGAAUUUCAUCGUUCACGUCAACACAGCGCAGGCACAUAAACGCUCCAGCUCUAAUGUGUCCCAGGUAUCAGAGGGGCAGGGGGUGGGGGAUACAGUAUCGGCCUCCAGCAGCGAGGGAGAGGCCCAGGACAACACUGUGCAAGUCAUCAUGAGGAAAGACAACAACACUGACAGUAGCUACAGUCUGAGCGAGGAGAUGGCAAGUCUGAACGGGUCACAGGCCACCACACCCACAGAGGAGGUGAAGCAACCCAAUGGAAGACCUAAGAGGCAAAGGAGAACCAGAGUGCCGGAGAAGCCAAACUACCCUAUUAAUUUGUGGUCCAUUAUGAAAAACUGCAUCGGAAAGGAGCUCUCAAAAAUACCCAUGCCUGUGAACUUCAGUGAACCACUCUCCUUCUUGCAAAGACUCACCGAAGACUUUGAGUACAGUGAUAUCUUGGACAGAGCAACACAGAUAGAGGACUCCUGUGAGCAGCUGUCCCUGGUGGCGGCCUUCACAGUGUCCUCCUACGCCACCACUGCGGUUAGGACGGCCAAACCCUUCAACCCGCUGCUGGGGGAGACCUAUGAGUGUGAUCGCACUGAGGACCUAGGCUGGCGGGCCAUCAACGAACAGGUGUCCCAUCACCCCCCCAUCGUGGCCCAGUACGUCGAGGGGAACACAGGGUGGUCCAGCUGGCAAGAAUUCGCAAUGUCCUCAAAAUUCCGAGGGAAAUACCUGCAAAUUAUUCCCCUCGGUAUUGCCCACCUGGAAUUUGGAAACACAGGCAACCACUACACCUGGCGGAAGGUGUCCACCACGGUGCACAACAUGAUUGUGGGCAAGCUGUGGCUGGACAAUCAUGGGGAGAUGGAGAUCGUCAACCACCAAACUGGGGAUAAAUGUUGCCUCAAAUUUAUUCCUUACUCUUAUUUCUCCAGGGAAACACCUAAGAAGGUGACGGGGUAUGUGGUGGACAGCGAGGGUACGUUGAAGUGGUUCAUUACGGGUAUGUGGGACGAGAAGAUUGAAGCGUGUCGGGUCAUCUCCCAGUCACUCAGAGGAGGCAAGCCGGUGUACGAGACUGGGCCCCCUAAAGUCCUAUGGAAGAGGAAUCCUGUAACGCCGGACGCAGACAAGUACUACAACUUUACUGAGCUGGCGUGUCAGUUGAACGAGAUGGAGGAACUAAUAUGUCCAACUGACUCCCGAAAUCGGCCCGACCAGAGGCUCAUGGAGGAGGGAAGCUGGGACGAGGCAAACGCUGAGAAACUGAGGCUGGAGGAGAAGCAGCGGGCAACCAGGAGACGCAGGGAGGCCGAGGCAGAGCAGGCAGCAGCGGAAGGCCGUGAGUAUCCUGCCUACAGUCCCAUGUGGUUCCGCAAGGAGACGGACGACGUGACGGGUGGACUCAUCUUCCGCUACACACACGAGUACUGGGAGUGCAAGGAGCGGCAGGACUGGUCCCGCUGUCCAGACAUCUUCUAGUACCCGCCCGCCGCCCACCGCCCGCCUUA